AUGACAAUUGUGUCGCUGGUCUUUGCAGAUGAGGAAAGGGUUAACCCUGAAGAUGACCCUUUCACCUUUGACUAUCACCAGUUACGUGUUGGGGGUCUGAUUCUUGCUGCUGUGCUUUGUCUCAUUGGCAUCACCAUUCUGUUCAGUGGCCACUGCAGGUGCAAGUUCCACCAGAAAAAGAGAAGGAGGACGGGAAGCAAUGCACAACAGAUGCUCAAUGACCAAGGUCGUGCUUGCUGA